AUGGGCAAAUUCACUAGAAGCUUGCGCCCUUCGAUGGGUUCUCGUCCCCAAUCAGCCGUUUUUGAGAAGUCCAGCCGUCCUUCCUCAGGAGUCUUCUCAUCCUCUUCACGACCAUCAUCUGGCGUUUUCGAUGCUGCCGACAUUCCAAGAUCUGACGCAUCUGAGACGAGCAACCGUGAGCUUGCCGAGUUGGCCCAAGAUCUCAAGGUUAGUCGCCAUUACAUUUCUGACUAG